CCCGGACUCGGACGGCGAGGAGCACAGCCAACAACAGUGAUAGGGACAAUCUCAGAGUCAUUCGAAUUGAUCUUUAGAGAGUUCUGGACGAAUAUUCACAGCGAUAAAUCUCUAGAACGAGUCCUUGAUUUCUCGAUACCGGCCCUCACAACUCGAUAUCGACUCCGCGUCCCCCAUCGCCCGCCAUGCCCCCCAAGAUCGAGGCCCAGGAGAUAGAAACAUACUGGAAUAUCUUUUGCGAUCGUACCGGUGGAUCCAAAUAUUUGACUGGUGAACAGGCAGCUCCUGUUCUUAAAAACAGUGGUCUUAGAGAUGAUCAAUUAGAGAAGGUCUGGGAUCUGGCCGACGUCGACAAUGACGGCAACCUUGACUUCGAGGAAUUCUGUGUGGCCAUGCGCCUGAUCUUUGACGUUUUGAAUGGAGAGUAUGCCGAUGUACCCAAAACACUACCCGACUGGCUGGUGCCCGAAUCAAAAGCGCAUCUUGUGCAAGCCAACCGAGCAGUCACGGGGAAGCAGCCUCAGUUUGAACAAGUGGAGGACGAUUCUGACUCCCUUGGUCUCAAAGAUGGAUUCGAUUGGUACAUGAAGCCCGAGGACAAAGCGAAAUACGACCAAAUUUACCAAGAAAGCCGAGACAUGCGCGGCGAAGUAUCCUUCCAUGCGCUCGAAGACUUGUAUGAAUCUCUUGAUGUCCCCGAUACGGAUGUUCGAUCAGCCUGGAAUCUCGUCAACCCCUCUGCCAACCAGGGUAUUCAUAAGGACGCAUGCCUGGCGUUCCUCCACAUCUUGAACAAUCGCCACGAAGGAUUCCGCAUUCCCAGAACAAUCCCGGCGUCCCUACGAUCCAGUUUCGAGCGCAACCAAAUCGACUACCAGCUCGACAACCAAAAGACAGGAGUCAACUCCCGAUGGGCUAACAAGGCCGACGACCAAACGACAACGGGGCGAAAGACCAAGUUUGGUGACCAGUAUCUCACUCGCUUGGGGCGAAGUGGUUUCAAGACGGCAGGAACGGACUUUUCGACCGAGAAGACAGAAGAUUGGGAGGAAGUCAGACUCAAGCGCCAAUUGGCCGACAUUGACGAGAAGAUUCGCAAGGUGGAGGAAAUUGCUGAGCAGCGCAAAGGUGGAAAACGCGACUCGAAACCUGCGCUUGUCAAGAAAGAGCUUGACCAGCUUCUAGACUACAAGCGCCGCGAGCUGCGCGAGCUGGAAGAAGGCACCGGCAAAAGCGCCACUGGCAGCGGCUUAAAAACCGUGUCGGACGACUUACAGACCGUUCGGGAACAGGUUGAGGGUCUAGAGUCUCACUUGAGAUCCCGACAUGAAGCCCUCGAGCAAAUACGACAGGAGAUUGAGGCAGAGAAGAGGUGAUGGCACAUUAGAAGAACUAGCGGUUUGCUUAAGUGUUACCAUGAAUAUACUCUUAACUCAUGCAUGCA